AUGACUCAAUUUCCAGCACGUGUUGAGAACUUCGGUUGUAAAUUAGAUGUUUAUUCCAAUGAAAUAAAAUGGACGUUUGGCAUUAUUGGAAGCCACCAAUCCAACAUCAGCUUUGUUAAUUUCCGUAAAACAGUCGGCCGAUAUGUGGCUGUUGGUGCCUGUGAAGAUGUCAUCAUUUGGGAUUUACGCAGCAGAGCAAAGGCUUUAGUUCUCAAAGGUGGAAAAUUCGCUGUUACUGUAUUGAAAAUUUCCCCAUCUCAGAACCAUUUGGCUGUUGGCUAUGCAGAUGGUGGGAUCAAUGUGUUUGAUUUGGACAAUGGUCAAGUUUUAUUUCAAUUUAAUGGACACAAAUCUCCUGUGACUGUCCUGAAUUAUAACAAAGAUGGAUUUAUUCUGGUUUCUGGGGGAAAAGACACCAAUGUCAUUUUGUGGGAUGUUCUCCAAGGUGCUGGUAUGUACCGUCUUAAGGGUCACAAAGGGCCAAUAACUCAGGCUGUGUUUGUUCCUGAGGAUAAUAUCUUGAUAACAAGUUCCAAAGAUACUUAUGUGAAAUUAUGGGAUUUAGAUACUCAAUACUGUUUCCACACAGUUGUUGCUCAUCGAAGUGAGGUUUCAGAUAUUUUGGUAACUCCAAAUCGAGAACUUAUCACUGGAUGUGGAGACAGUGAACUUCGUGUUUGGGGAUUAAAGGCAAAUAAGGAUGUGGAUGAGAAUCAGGCAAAGAAACUUCGUCUUGACAUGUCACAACCUGAGCCAGAAGAUGAUGAUGAUGUUGAGGAAAAGAAAGACUCAUUGUGUCCAAUUGAAUGCCUCAAAAUUGGUUCGGUUAUGAGACAAAGCAAAGAACGACUCCUUUCCAUGAAAAUUGACUCAACAAGCAGAAGCCUUGUGUGUUUGAACAAUGACAGUAGCAUUGAAGUGUAUUUAUUGGCCACAAAUGAAGAACUUGAGAAACGUUUAACAAAACGACAGAAGAAAAUGCGUAGAAAAAAUGAACACAUGGAGGAGAGUGCCAAAUUAACUCUGAACGACGCAUUCAAAAAAUUUGGAGAGUUGAAAGUUGCUAAAAAAGGACACAGCUUUGAUUGUGUAUUGGAAAAGAAUAUCUUGAAGAUUGUGUGCUUAUCGUCCAACAACACUUUGUCCUGGUACAGUGCAGAUAUGAGUUUUUCAUGGCAUGAAACACCAGAACGGGAACUUCUCCACUCAUUUGGACAUCGCACAGACAUUCGUACCAUUUGCUUCAGUUCAGACAACACAGCUAUCCUCACAGCUAGUGCUGACUGUGUGAAAAUUUGGAAUCGAACUUACCUACAAUGCAUCUCAACUAUUGAAUGUGACUACGCCCUUUGCUCACUUUUCCUUCCUGGUGAUCGGCUUUGCCUCAUUGGUACAAAGACAGGGAAACUUCAGUUGUUUGAAAUUGCGACAGCAACCCUGCUGGAGACGUUUGAUGCCCAUAAUGAACCAGUUUGGGGAAUACAUAUGUCUCCUGACAAGAAUGGAAUUUGUUCUGGCAGUGGUGAUAAAUGUAUCAAAUUUUGGAGUUUUGAAUGGUUAGUGACAGAAAAUGAGGACAAAACAUCAAGUAAACAAUUGACCUUACAACAUCAAAGGACUUUGCAAAUGGAUGAAGGUGUCUUAGCUGUGAGUUAUAGCCCCAAUAAUCUGCUGGUAUGUGUGGCUCUCAUGGACAACACAGUAAAAUUGUUUUAUACUGACACAUUGAAGUUUUUUGUAUCACUGUAUGGACACAGUAUGCCAGUCCUGUGUUUGGAUAUAUCGUCAGACAGUGAAUGCAUCGUCACAGGUUCUGCUGACAGAGAUGUCAAAUUGUGGGGAUCAGAUUUUGGUGAUUGUCACAAAUCAUUCUUUGCUCAUGACGGCAGUGUCACAUGUGUAAAGUUUAUACCAAAUACUCACAUAUUUUUCUCAUGUGGAAAAGACAAAAAAAUCCGACAGUGGGAUGGAGACAACUUCUUACCUAUUUUGACAUUACAGGCACAUCAAGAUGAAAUCCGUUGCCUUGCAGUCAGUUCCAGCAGUAAUUUUAUUGCAACAGCUUCUCAUGACAAAACAAUACGUCUCUGGGAGAAGACCGAAGAAAUUGUGAUUCCAGAAGAAGAAAAAGAAAAAGAACGUGAAGAAGAAUUAGACAAAGAAUAUGAGGAAACAGAACUCCAAAUUCCCGGAGAAGAUUCUAAAGAAGUUGGUCAUGCUUCUCGUAUGACAUUAGACACACUAAAAUCGAUUGACAAAUUAAUGGAAGUACUUGCACUUCAUAAGGAAGAAUCUGCAAAACCUGCAAAAGAACGCGCUCAAUCCGCUACUUGCAAUCCUUUGAUGAGAGCAUACAAUGCUGACACAUCUGAAAAACUUGUCAAAGAAAUUUUCACCAGAAUCCGUCUGAGUGAAAUGGAAGGAACAUUGUUCGGCCUUCCUUAUGACCAAGCCAUUAUUUUAUUGAAACUACUUCAGAAUUUUAUCCAUUCAAAAUGGUGCACAGUCAGAGCCAUUGAUGCUGUCCUCUUUCUCCUCAGAAUCCAUCACAAUCAAAUUGCAAAUGAUAAAACCAUUCUUCCAUUGAUGAUCCAACUCAACAAAUCUGUACAGUCGAACGUCACACAACUUAUGGACACCAGCGGAUAUAACCUGCAUGCAUUAAAGAUGCUUCAAAGAUUGCAAGAUGAAUUUGUUGACGAUGAACUUGUAUUGUAA